UGGUGGCGGCGGCGGGGGACGCGGCUGCGGCGUGGCCAUGAACAGUGGCGGCGGCCUUCCGCCUCCCUCGGCCGCCGCCUCCCCGUCGUCGUCCUCGCUGGCGGCGGCCGUGGCGGUCGCGGUCGCGGCCUCGUCGGGCGUCGGGAGCGUCCCCGGCGGCCCGGCUGCGGGCGUGAAGCUCAAGUACUGCCGCUACUACGCCAAGGACAAGACGUGCUUCUACGGAGAGGAGUGUCAGUUCCUGCACGAGGACCCGGCCUCCUGCGCCGUCCCGGGGCUCGGCCUCCAUAGCAACAGCGUCCCGCUGGCGCUGGCGGCCGCGUCGGGGGCCGGCUUUCCUCCCGGAGCGCUCCCGGGCGGGGGAGCGGGGCCGCCCGCGGGAUCCAAGAAGCCGGAGCUGGGCGUCCCGGGGGCGGCGACAGCGGGCGGCGGACUCGAUGGACCGCGGGUGGCGAUUCCUGGAAUGGAUGGAGGUGCUUUAACUGACACAAGUCUCACAGAUUCCUAUUUCAGCACCAGCUUUAUUGGAGUCAAUGGAUUUGGAAGCCCUGUAGAAACAAAGUAUCCCUUGAUGCAGAGAAUGACUAGUAGUAGCAGCUCCCCAAGCCUUCUAAGUGACAGUGCCAAGCCAUACACAGGCCACGAUCCUCUGACUUCAUCUGCUUCAUCCUUGUUUAAUGACUUCGGUGCCCUCAACAUCUCCCAGAGAAGGAAGCCAAGGAAGUAUCGCCUGGGGAUGCUGGAGGAGAGGCUAGUUCCGAUGGGAUCAAAGGCACGAAAAGCAAAGAACCCUAUUGGCUGCCUUGCUGACAGGUGUAAAUCAGGAGUACCCAUCAAUAUGGUUUGGUGGAACAGAGUCACAGAAAACAAUUUACAGACACCAAAUCCUACUGCAAGCGAAUUUAUACCUAAAGGAGGAUCAACCUCCAGGCUGAGUAACGUGUCCCAGUCAAAUAUGUCUGCCUUCUCUCAAGUUUUCUCUCACCCAUCCAUGGGAAGUCCUGCUGCUGCUGGAUUAGCACCAGGAAUGUCACUAUCUGCUGGAUCUUCCCCUCUCCAUUCCCCCAAAAUUACUCCACACACCUCUCCUGCUCCUAGAAGAAGAAGCCACACUCCAAACCCAGCAAGUUUCAUGGUGCCGCCUAGUGCCUCCACUCCUGCCAAUAAUCCUGUUCCUCAGACUCCGUCCUCUGGUCAGGUGAUCCAGAAGGAGACUGUCGGGGGGACGACUUACUUCUAUACAGAUACGACUCCAGCACCUUUGACUGGAAUGGUGUUUCCAAACUAUCAUAUUUAUCCUCCAACCGCACCUCAUGUUGCUUACAUGCAACCAAAAGCAAAUGCACCUUCCUUCUUUAUGGCCGACGAGCUCCGACAGGAGCUGAUCAACAGACAUUUAAUAACAAUGGCUCAGAUUGAUCAAGCAGAUAUGCCAGCAGUCCCCACAGAAGUUGACAGCUACCAUAGCCUGUUCCCUCUAGAACCACUGCCACCCCCCAACCGGAUACAGAAAUCAAGUAAUUUUGGAUAUAUCACAUCUUGCUACAAAGCUGUAAAUAGCAAAGAUGAUCUGCCAUAUUGCCUUCGGAGGAUACAUGGUUUUCGUCUUGUUAACACAAAGUGCAUGGUGUUGGUUGAUAUGUGGAAAAAAAUUCAACACUCAAAUAUUGUAACUCUGCGUGAAGUGUUUACCACUAAAGCAUUUGCCGAGCCUUCUCUCGUGUUCGCCUAUGACUUCCAUGCUGGAGGAGAAACUAUGAUGAGCAGACACUUUAAUGACCCGAAUUCCGAUGCCUACUUCACAAAGAGAAAGUGGGGCCAGCAUGACGGACCACUGCCCAGGCAGCAUGCUGGAUUGUUACCAGAGUCUCUCAUCUGGGCAUAUAUUGUCCAGCUGAGUUCUGCUCUGCGUACCAUUCAUACAGCAGGUUUAGCAUGUAGAGUAAUGGACCCAACGAAGAUUCUGAUAACUAGCAAAACAAGGUUACGAGUAAAUUGUGUGGGAGUUUUUGAUGUUUUAACAUUUGAUAACAGUCAAAAUAAUAAUCCUUUGGCAUUAAUGGCUCAGUACCAGCAAGCAGAUCUGAUAUCAUUAGGAAAAGUUGUGUUGGCUUUGGCUUGCAACUCUUUGGCAGGAAUUCAGCGAGAAAAUGUACAGAAAGCCAUGGAAUUGGUGACAAUCAACUACUCCUCUGACCUGAAGAACCUCAUCUUGUACUUGUUGACUGACCAAAACAGAAUGCGGAGUGUGAAUGACAUCAUGCCCAUGAUUGGUGCUCGGUUUUACACUCAGUUGGAUGCUGCUCAGAUGAGAAAUGAUGUUAUCGAGGAAGACCUUGCUAAGGAGGUACAAAAUGGAAGACUGUUUAGGCUUCUAGCAAAAUUGGGAACAAUCAACGAGAGGCCGGAGUUUCAGAAGGAUCCAACCUGGUCAGAGACUGGAGACCGAUAUCUGUUGAAACUCUUUAGGGAUCAUCUUUUUCAUCAGGUGACAGAAGCAGGUGCUCCCUGGAUCGACCUCAGUCACAUCAUUUCUUGUCUUAACAAGCUAGAUGCUGGUGUGCCAGAAAAAAUAAGCCUGAUUUCCAGGGACGAGAAGAGCGUGCUGGUGGUGACGUACAGUGACCUGAAACGCUGUUUUGAAAAUACCUUUCAAGAACUGAUUGCGGCUGCAAAUGGUCAGUUGUAGUAUUUGCUAAAAAUAUUGACAGGGCAUGGUGAAGGACCAAGCCUAUAGCCAGUUUGCACUACGGCUGAACUGUCCUCCAUCUCCUGCCACCAGGGAAUGAGCAGGAAGGAGUGAAGCUUCUCGCACUUGGGUCAGGUGCACUGUUACUUGAGAGGAAGAAUGUCUCACUCUGUAUGCACUCUGGCUGCCACAGGCCUCCGAAGAAUUUAUUCAGACUAAGGUCACCUUUCGGUGGAUGAUGCUCCUGCUUAUGGUUUUCUACUUGUGUGUGCACUAAUUUUAAUUUUUUAAAGACUUUUUUUUCUGAUCUUUGACCUCUUGCCACCUUGUAUACUUAUUAAGGGAACUAUUUGCAAGGACAUUGGGAAACAAAAAGGGGGCAGCCGUUCGCCACUGAGAGGUGCAGGAUUUGCUCUUGGGGGACAGGCCAGGUCAGUAGUUCAUAGAAAUGCUAUGUAGUGCAUAGUCCUUAUGAGUAUUGUAUGCAAGCUCCAUAUGCCACCCACUGUUAGCUCAAAUUGAGGCUUGUAUUGUGUUUAAGAACACGCAAAGAUGAAUAUCAUUGAAUUGUCAGAUAUGAAUUCCCCUAUUUGUUGAUUUAAAUCCUUUUCCAGGUAACGAUCGGAACAGUAACUGAAGGAGCAGGUGCUGCUCUUCUCCAGGUUCAUCCAGAGGCUUCUUCAAAGAGGCGUCUGCCUGCCAGUCAGAUACACUUACAUUGAUGUAAUUUUUAAUAGCAAAAUGAAAUUGAGCUGAAGGCCUAAACGUUGAGGAGUUAUGUAAUGCUUUAGGGUUUUUUCAUUGUGGUGGUUUUUUUUUUUUUUUUUCUUUUUUUUUUGUUUUUUUUUUUUUUUUUUUUUUUUUGUCUUUGACCUACAGCUUUAUAAUGGUACUUUACACUGGAUACAGACUCAGACACUGUUGAGAGGUGAGCUGAGCACAGCAGCGGCCUGAUGCGUUGCGGCCCGACUCUGGAGGGACACUUUUCUGCUGUGCCUUUGCACUCACUGCUUAACCCAAAGUAACAGGACUUUUGAUAAAAACUCACCCUGUAGGGUCGGUCACCUGAGAAGGCCAUCUCAAAAGUUGCAGUUUUCCUCCUUGGAACUUUCCUACUAUUUGGACAUGCAGUUGUCGCCAAACUCAAGUAUGUGUGGGAUUUGUGGUCACUUCAAUACCGAAGACUGCCAAAUACAUUGGGAUUUUCUCUUAAACAACCGCCAUGAAGACUUCAUCUCCUUCCCAGUGCCGAGUGUUCAGCGUGCACUGGGUGCGCACCCCAUAACUGGGAAGAAAAUCUGGGGUUUCGGAGGGUCAGGACAGACUCCAAGCACUUGCAACUGAUGUUACUGUCUUCAUUUUUAACAAGUAUAUGUAUUUGUAUAUUUCAGAGAAGUUUUUAACAUUUCUCUGUCCACUUUUUAUAAGCUUUAAAAUGAUUUUUCUCUGCCUUGAAAUUUGCAUCAAGAAAAAGCACCUCUCUUCACUGAAAGCUUUGAGGACUAGAGACACACUUCACAUGUCUAACAAGCACGUCUGCAUCCACGAGUGGUAGCAUCAGUUGUUAACGAGAAAAUCAAUUAUUGCAUUUGAUCUGGAUGGAUUUUAAAAGAACAUAAUGUUCAAUAUUCAAAGGAUAAUGAACAUUUGCCACCAUGGUGUUCCUUUUAUUUAAAGGGAACAAGAACUUUCAAUGUAACAUGCAAAAGUCUUUAUCAUUAGCUCAUGUAUUUGAGGAAGAGCAGCUGUCUUUUUAUAUGUUUUUUGACAAAUCAUAUUGUAAUUCUUUUGUACAAAAAAGAACUACUUGUAUUCUAGAAGAAAUAUGAAAUGCUUAAUUUAUAAGCGGGCUGGAGAUUUUUUUCCAAUAUUGUUUUCUUUGAAAAUGAAAGGGGAUCAUCUAUUUUAGUUUUGGGGGCCUGGGAACUUUUUGAAAUUUUCAUUUGUGGACCAAUGUUAUGUGAAUGCUAAAGAAGGGCAGGGGUAAAAUAGGGCUUGAAUCUCUCGUUCCGCAUAGACCAGCAAACUCCCCUCUGCAAGGCAGGUUCACAUCACAAACCCCAGAGUGUCUGCAUCAGAAGUGCUAGUUUGCUUCAGCCCCUAGUAACCUCAGGACUUGGUUUGGGUAUAAAAGGUAGUCAGCUGAAAGUUUUCAUAAGUAAAUAUUGUCAGCCAGAAAACAGUUGGUGUCAGGUAAUGCAUAUUUUUUAGCUUUGUUUUAUAUUUAUUUUUCAUUUCAUUUUCAUUGGGAAUGGUUUUCAAAAGAACUCUUGUUCUGCUUUGAUGGGUUUCUCUCUCUUUUUUUUUUUUUCUGUUUUUAUUUUGUUUUUCUUUGGUUUUUUUUUUUUUUUUUUUUUUUUUUUUUUGGGAGCCCUCUUUUCCACAGUGUAAACCCAUAUAGGAGGUUGUCUGAAAGUUACUAUUUAGUGCAUAGGAAGAGUUUAAUAUCUGAGAGUAUCAAAUGAAGGAUGUGAACUCACCAUAACUUCCUGUUAUGACAGACACAACACAGAAAGGACAACCCUUGAAAUCAUGUCACGUCGCUCACUUCAGCUGUGUGCCCAUCUCAAUCCUGUUAGUGUAUUUACUUCAUUGCAGAUACCUUUGAGGGUGCCCUUGUAUUCUGCUUUGACCUUGGUUCUGUCAUUUGGAUAGCAACAUUGUCUCUAAAAAGCACCAGUAUGUUUAAGUUCUAAUGUCACGAUCCCAGUACCUGUUGCUCAUCUUUAACCCUGUUUUCAGUCUCUAUGUGUAUAGCAGUAUUUUUUAAUAAAGAAUUGCAGAGAUAAA